AUGGGGCUGCCGCGGAGGACCGGAGACGCGGCGGAGCUGCGCAAGAGCCUGAAGCCGCUACUGGAGAAGCGCCGCCGCGCGCGCAUCAACGAGAGCCUGAGUCAGCUAAAGGGGCUAAUCCUGCCGCUGCUGGGCAAAGAGAGCUCCCGCUACUCAAAGCUGGAAAAGGCGGACAUCCUGGAAAUGACAGUGCGCUUCCUGCAGGAGCUGCCUACAUCUCCUUAUCCGGCGGUCACGCCUGCGCCCUCCGACAGCUUCAGCGAGGGCUACCGCGCCUGCCUGGCCCGUCUGGCCCGUGUCCUGCCCGCUUGCCACGUCCUGGAGCCCGAUGUGAGCGCGCGCCUGUUGGAACACCUGCGGCGGAGGGCAGCCAGCGCCACUCCCAACGGCGGGCGCUCGGGGGAGUACAGCCACCCGCCCUCCACAGCCCCGCCACCUUCGCCCCCUGCGCCCCCACAACUUGCGCCUGCAGGCGAACCUGGCCUCUGGCGGCCAUGGUAA